AGUAAAGAAAUGAAAAGCUCUUUUGGCCUCGAUUUGAGUAUUGCCAUAUCGCACUGAGCAUUAUUAUACUGCUUCACCUCCCUGCCUGCCUGCCCAGAAGUCACCCAGCUGAAGGCGCUUUCACGUGGCCCCGCCCGCACGCAGUGUUGGGGGUGGAUGGGAGCUCUGGAGAUCAUCCAGUCUGACGCCCUGCUUAAACAGGUUCCCUGCAGCAGAACGCACAGGAAAGUGUCCAAAUGGGUCUUGAAUAUCUCCAGAGGAGAUUCUGUGCACAGCAUGUUCUGCUGCUCUGUGGCUUUGAAGUUAAGGGAGUGCUCUGCCUGCACAUUACUUCAGUUCUGCACUCCAUGUCUUUAUAGCCCUGUUCCUUUAUAAGCCUUGAACCUCCGUCUGUUCAAGCCUUAUGGAAGAGUUGAGAACUCAUUUGGGGCCUGUUCUACACAGGCCACGCACCAUCCAGACAGAUACCCCAAGCAGAAAUGCUGCACGUAUCAUGCCUUUGUCUUUUUCUUCAAGCCAUCAACAGUUGCAGGCUGACAAAAAAAAACGAGACUUACACAUUGGAGUAUUUUGCCUUGUGGAAUGUGCUUCUGAAGGGUUGCAUCCUUAGUGAUUCUAACUUGCAUGAUUCCAUUCAGCCUGGAGAAGAGAAGGCUGUGAGGUGACCUGAUAGAGACCUUUCAGUGUCUAAAGGGGAACUACAGGAUAGAAGGGGACAGUCUCUUUCUGUGGUUUGUGGUGGUAGAACAAGGGGAAAUGGUUUCAAGCUCAAAAAGGGUAGAUUUAGGUUAGGUAUAAGGAAAAAAUCUUUCCCAGUGAGGAUAAUGAGGCACUGGAACAGGUUACCUAGUGUUACGAUUGAUGCCCCAUCUAUGGAGACAUUCAAGGCAAGGUUGGAUCAGGCUCUGCACAACCAGAUCUGAUUGUGGUGUCCCUAUUCAUUGCAGGGGAGUUGGUCUAGAUAACCUUCAGAGGUCCCUUCCAACUCUAAGGAUUCUAUGAUUCUAUUAUGUGAUUAGGAGAAGCAGAAUACCUGUUUUCUUUUAUUUUUUUUUUGGUUGUCACACAGAGGUUGCUGUUCUCCAGCCCUGCAGAGAACUGCUCUGUCAGGCAAGCAUGUUGGUGAGGCAGAUCUUUAUACUGAAGAAAUGUUAUCCCGUGCUGAAAUGGCCCUGCCCUGUUAUGGCUUUGUAGUAAAUCUAACAGGACUGUUUACAUUUUUAUUUUUCUCUUCUGCAGUGAGUGUGUGUGCACAUGAACAUAUUCAGCUAUAAUUUGCUCAGUCAGCUAUUCUGAUUUCUGACUCCAAAGUAGCUUAUAACUCAUAGCAAUACUGUAUGAAUAGAUUGCAUGAAGUCCUAGUAAAAUAUUACCAAGUCUGUUUUAACAUUCUCACAGUUUGUAUCUUGUUAAUUCGUAUGCUGCUUUAUUUUAUUUUUUAUUUCCCAUAUUACACAUGCCCUUUGGUUUCUGAUAUUAAAACUGAUGGAGAUACAUAUCACUGGGGGUUGUGUGCUUUAUGCAAGUAAGAAUUCGAUCACAAAAAUGAAGUAAACCCUGCUUUGUCAAAAAAAACAUUUUCUAAGUAUACCCACUGCCAUUACCCAUUUCUCUGCUAAAAGGUUGUAUGUUUAUUGUCUGCACUGCUGCCUCAAAGACCAACUUUGAGCACACCUUCAGUGCUGCUUGUACAUUCCCUCUUGCUCAUCAUUCGUGCUGAAAGCAUGCCAUUGUUAUGGUCUCUGAAUGCACUCUCGGCAUACCCUUCAAUCUUGCAUGAAGGAAAGUAACUGUAGAAUCCAUUAGCAAAAUUUCCGUUCUGAACCAAACAGUGGUGUCAGGUCCCACCUGUAUUUUUUGCUGGUCCUUCACAAAUGAUCAGAGCACACUAAUACCACAAAGUAGAAAAUAGGCAACUUCCAACAGGAAAGAUCUCAAUAGAAGGGCUGCUACAGAAUAAACCUGCCCCUUUUUAGUGUGCUUAAGUUGAUUUCUGUUACCUAAAGUAGGUCACUUAGGAGGAACAUGCUGUCACAAAUGAAACCAAUUUAUACUCAUUCCCUUAUCUUGUGAGGACUCAGUUUAGGACUUAGGACUCGAGGACAGGUCUUUUUGGUGUUUAAAAAAAUGAGAAUUGAAUUGCAAGAGUGAUCGGUACUUAUGAAUACUACAGUUUUGUAAGCCUGCCUUUCUCAGUAGUAUUUUCCUGGUUAGGAGGUCAUUUAUCCUGGAGAACUCAUAGCCUCGCCAAAGUGAGAAACAUCUCUAAGGAAAUGAAGUAAUGGUUCUGCUAGUAAAAGACAUUAGCCAAAAUGUAUUAUAAUUUCCUGCAUAUGCUUUGGCCUCCUCCCCUAUCUUCAUCUUUCACUUUUUCAUAUUUUGAGCACUGUUGGUGGCUGUCAGUAUUGCAACAGAAGUAGCACUGAACUAAAGUAGGUUAUUCUUAGUCAGUUGCCCCUCAGCCCAUCCUUGAAAGGACAUGUUGUUAUCAAAAAUAUUUUUCAGAUGCUGAGCAAAUUGCAGCCUUCUCUCCAAGUCUGUGUCACUCUUGGUUGCUAAUCGGUAUUUCACGGCAGUACUGCAUCUAUAUUAUCUUAUUGUUUUCUUCUCUGAGGUGAAGAGAGCCUCUUUGUUCCUUAGGCUUAUGUCCUCCUUUGGUGGUAGAUCCUAAGAUCUUAGUCUUUCCAAGAGUAUAUCAGCAUAUGGUGAUAUACUUGCUGAACUUGGAAUAUACAAAUCUUAUAGCUGUGGGGAUAUUCUGACUUUGGGUAGCUAGCAGCAAGUACUUAAUACAUCAUGGCAAAGUUGGUUUUUGUUUGUAUGCAAGUUAUGGCAUGACUAUUGCUCUUACUGUGCUGUAUGUAGUACGUCAGAGUCUCAUAAGGAAACAGUGAUGUAUCCACAGCAGUGUGGGGUCUUCAUGCCCUCAUAUGUCAGUAUUAUCAGUAUGAGUUUUCAAUAAUAAUAUUGCCACAAACGUAAUGUUACUUCUUGCAGUUCUCUUUUUUUUUCCACAUGAAGUUGUAUCUGUUGCUCAACCUAACCAUGAAAUGGGAAAAUUGCUAUUGGAAGCGCAAACAAAACACUUUUGCUUUCUGUCUGUAAUCUGUCUCAGCAAAACUCGGGAAAAGCAAAGCUAUUAUGUGUUCAGAGCUGUGAUGGACAGUCACCAGGCAGAAGUUCAGAGUUUGAAGCUAGAUAAUGAUUCAGUUAUAGAAGGAAUAAGUGACCAGGUACUGGUGGCAGUUGUGCUCAGUUUCACUUUCAUUGCUGCUCUGAUAUAUACGCUUUUCAGAAAUGAACACCAGAACAUACAUCCAGAAAAUCAAGAGCUAGUACGAGCUCUUCGUCAGCAGCUUCAAACUGAACAGCAGGAUGCUUCUAAUGGUGACAGACAUCGCUUCUAUACAGACAUGUCUUGUCCAGUCUGUUUGCAACAAGCAACGUUUCCCAUAGAAACAAACUGUGGGCAUCUCUUCUGUGGUUCCUGCAUCAUUGCAUACUGGAGAUAUGGAUCAUGGCUUGGUGCCAUCCGUUGUCCAAUCUGCAGACAAACGGUGACGUUGUUUUUACCACUCUUCGGUGAAGAUCAGCAGGGUGCAACUCAAGUAUUACAAGAUGUUAAUGAUUACAAUCGGAGAUUCUCAGGACAACCCAGAUCUAUUAUGGAAAGAAUUAUGGAUCUGCCUACUCUGCUGCGGCAUGCAUUCAGGGAGAUGUUUUCUGUUGGAGGCCUCUUCUGGAUGUUUCGCAUCAGAAUAUUCCUCUGUUUGUUUGGAGCCUUUCUCUACUUGGCGUCACCUCUGGAUUUUCUUCCUGAAGCUCUUUUUGGAAUUCUGGGGUUCUUGGAUGAUUUCUUUGUCAUUUUCCUUCUGCUGAUAUAUAUUUCCAUCAUGUACCGAGAAGUGGUGACCCAGCGUCUGAAUAGAUGAAAUGGCUGAAGGUCAGCUAGACACAGAGAUGGAAUGUUUCAAAAAGAGAACCAUGAGUAUGGAAUAGCAAGGUGCCUGUGUACAGUUUCAGUAGUUAUAAUUCCAUAGCUUCUAACUGAUCGUCUUAUACAAAUAUGAAAGGUUAGUGUGUGGUGAUGCUUAACUGGAAUCUUUAACUUUUGUAUUACGUAUGCUUCAUAAUGAUGACGUCAGUUUUAUAAUGUAAUGAACUGCCUUCAUCUGCUUAUACCUGAGGUACAAUUGUAUGUGAUCAAAGCAGAAAACACCUCAUUUGAAGUGACUUGUGAAAAAAGGGGUUCUAGCAAAGGACUUAAAGGAAAACGAAUAUGUUCGGUACUCUAGACAUGCAUAAAGAAAUUGAAAACUUCUUUGCAGGACAAUUAUCAAUAUGUUUAAUGUCUCACUGUUGUGGGCUUUUAAAUAAAAGUAGCUUUGUGUAUCUCUGUGGAAGAAAUCCAAUGACCACAGUACCAUUACCACCCUGCAGUUUGUCCACUUGCUUCACAGAAACAAGGGGAACACCUCAGUAUUGCUUGAGCUGCACUGUGUACAGUUGCAUGCAAUUCAUACAGUUUUAUUUUCUUAUUUUAUAACAAAGCACUCGCCAUGUGAUCUACAAGGAGAAACCUAUGUAAUACACGCCGGACUGCCUACUGCUCUGUUUUUUGAUGGGAGCAUGUUUUUCUUUUCUUCUGAAACUUGUUUAUUUAGUCGGUAUGUAUCUUGAAAGUGUUUUUUUCUAAUGCAGCUUUGGGUCAGUGCAGUGUAUCUUCAUUGGGCAUUUGCAUGCCUUAGGCUGCAUUAAGCAUUUAGGCAGUAGAAAGGACCCUCAGAUUUUAGGCAGUGAUUAUAGAAGUCACAACUGGAUGUUUACACUACGGAACUUUACCAGAUUGUACAUUUUCAACACGAAUAUUAAUCAACUUAGAUAUGAGGCGUUUAAUUUUCCCUUGGGGUUUUCUUGUUUGAUUGACUGAUUUUGAUGUGGGUAGAGGGCAUUUUGAAUUAACUUGAAAAAGAUCUUUGAGUAGGGACCACAAAAAAAAAGUCCUGAAGAUGUUUUCAAAAUGACUGGGCUAUUGAUGAUCCAAUCCCUAAAAGUUUGUGGGGGUUUUUUUGGUUGGUUUUUUUUUUUAGGGGGCUGGUAGAGAGGUGUUGUUUUGGUGGUUGUGAUUUUUAACUUCAAUUUUUUGGGAGAGGGAACGGGGUGUUCUGUUUUUUGGUUGGUUUUGAUUUUUUAUUUUCUGUUGCAUUUCAGUAUAGGCUAUCAGAGCUACAGAAUUCAUUUGAAAAUAUUUUCAUUUUAUGAAAGGGAAUGUCACUAGAAAGCUCAAAAAUAUUCUGUAUCUGUGUAAAUUUUAGUUAGAAAACUUAGGACAGAUAAUUAGUUAGGAAAGAUAAUUGUCAUUUUACUUUAACUUCCUGAGUACUUGAAAGACUGUGGUGAGACAGGUGAUUCUUUGCAUGUUUACAUAUUAUUCUAUGAGACUCAAAAUGAGAGGGACCUUCUCAUGGCUUCUCUGUGUUGCCCAUGUAGGCACCUUUCCACAGCUUCUAGUACCUAGGCUGAGAGAGCUGGGGCUGUUCAGCAUGGAGAAGAGAAGACUUCUCUUCUUCUUCCAGGUAGACCAUAUAGUGGCCUUUCAGUAACUGAACGGGUCUGUAAGGAAGAAGGGACAGACUCUUCAGCAGAGUCUGCUGUGAUAGCACAAGAGGAAAUGGUUUCAAACGAAAAGAGGAGGGAUGUAUGGGAUACUCAUGAACUUAUGUAAAGCAAGAUAAUAAUUUAGAACGUUAGAUAAGGCAAGAUUUUGUAGUUUUGCUAUAGGCAGUAUUUUUGUUGUUGUUUUUUCCCCAAGAGAUCCAGCUGAGUGCAAACUCCAGAAGGUAUUUUUAAUCAAGUUAAUUUAACACCUCUGGAGUUUGGCUUGUGGGUCUACCUAGAGCGUCAAGUGAACUGCUUCUGUAGGACAACUGGAGUCCGUUCAUAGAAUCUGUCAGUCUGGUAACUCCCACGUGUUUAUCCUUUAAUUGUGGUUAUAUUUUUUGUCAUGACUCUCUAGAUCUAGAGUGGACAGAGGUGCAUGUGAAACUGCUUGGUGAUUUGUUUUCAGUGAGCUCCCUAAUUCUACAUGAUACUGUGAAGAAGUUCAUGGAGAAAUGACCUAAGGAAUCUGUUCCUGAAAAACAGACCUUUUGUACCUGAAAGCAUGUACUUGCCACAUCCACACAGAUACAUAAGGUUUACCUGUGUUCUGUUCACCAUUUUUCUGCUAGCAGAAUGAUUUCACUUGGAGUCCUCUGCUUACUUUUGAGUGUUGAAUAACAUUGUAAGCUUUAAUUCAGCAGAGUAAACACUUGACAGAAUUAGGACCAUCCUGUCUUUUCACCAGGAUGUACUUUUUCUUUUUCCCUCUGGUUCUUCAAGACACUAGUGAACAGUAUUAUGGCUUGCUCAGGCUUUUCUUUUUUUCAACAGUUGCAGUGUGAAGCUGCAGCUGACCAGCAGUGCAUGGCUGCUGCUCCUCCAGGCAAAUCUGAACUAGCUCUAGGUUCGCUGCCUUGGGUGCUGCUAUCAUAUUCAGCUUAAUUGAAGCUGCAGAGCUCCCAAGAAGCUGGAGGUAAAUACAUGACCAUUUAAUAUUCCUGAAGUAUACACUUACAAGUUAUUCUGGUGGCAAUGUUCAGUGUAAGUGCUACACCUGGGCACUAGCUUCAGAAAAGAAAUACAUGAUGCUUUGAGGGGAGCAAACAUCGCUGCGGUUUUGUUGUGUGGAAUGGAGCUAAUGUCUCUAAGAAAGAGGAGGAGAAAGGCUUUAGUAGAAAAGAAGCAAUAUGGGGGAAAAUAGAAUUCUUCAAAGAUUCUUAAGACUUCACCAAAAUCUGUGAAAUAUUUCAUUAUUCCAGCAAUAUUAACAAAAAGGAAAAUCUGUGUUCAGAAUUCUUGCCGAAUAACUUGUAGCAUCUCAAGGCCUAAUGAUAACCCUUAUCACAAGCACUGCAUAACACAGUCAGUUUCAUGUUGUUUGUGACUCGCACCAUUGAUGCCUGGGAGGAUUGGGCAGAGUGGUGUAAUUUGGGGAUGCAAUUUUGCAAUAGGUUUUGUAGAACUGUAAGAGACCUGUGUGUUACACUAGAUUUUUAAGACAAAAAGAUUUAAACCUACUUCUUGUUAUUUUAAUGAUAAUAAAUUGGUAUUAAAGUAA